ACAAAAACAAUAUUUGACUGCGUAUUGAUUUUGACGGUGAUUUCACGCUAUACAUACAAAACCUGCUUAUAUAUAUAUUAGUCGCUUAUUACUAUUCUUUCUCCGUUUUCCUUCUUCUCGCUUCACAAAUCACAAGUUAGGGAUCAUCAUCAAGGUUCACUGUAUUUGGAAACUUGUGACGAUGUUUCCGCAACAGAAUAAUUCAAGUAACAAUCCUUUUGGAAUUCAGUAUUUUCUGAUGCAUCCAAACCAUUUUGUUGGAACUCCUGCAUCUGGGGCUUCAAGUUGCAUUGUAUUUUGUUUCCCAAACAUGUGUGCAUUUGGUCAGUCUGGUUCUUUAUUUGGUACCAGCAGCCCAUUUGAGAGUACAACUACAGCCUUUGGAGGCCACAAUUCUGCGUUUGGAUCACAGGCCCCCAUUCCGGCUUUUGGAAGUAGAGUAGCUAGUUACUCAGCUACAACUGAAACAGAUAGUGGUAACAUACCACCUGGAAAAUUGGAGUCCAUAUCAGCCAUGCCUGUUUACAAAGAUAAAAGCCAUGAAGAGCUAAGAUGGGUGGACUGUCAAUUAGGAUAUAAAGGAUCAUCAGCCUUUGGUCAGAAUCCUGCUUUUGGAGGUUUUGGCUCUACUACUACUCCAAGUCCAUUUGGAAGUGCCACCCAACCAUCACAACCAGCAUUUGGAAGUAACACCCAACAAUCGCAACCAGCAUUUGGAAGCAGCAUAUUUGGUUCCUCAACACCUUUUGGUGCAUCAUCCCAGCCGGCAUUUGGUGCGACCAGCAUUCCUGCAUUUGGUGCGUCCAGCACCCCUGCGUUUGGUGCGUCCAGCACCCCGGCUUUUGGUGCGACCAGCACCCCGGCUUUUGGUGCGACAUCAACCUCAGCUUUUGGUGCGACAUCAACCUCAGCUUUUGGUAACACAGGGGGUGCAUUUGGCAUGUCAAGUACUCCUGUGUUUGGAGAUGGGGGAGCCUUUGGGGCGUCAAGUAGUCCUGUAUUUGGCUCAUCAAGCACAUCUGCAUUUGGAGCUUCCAGCACUCCUGCUUUUGGUGCUUCUAGUAGCCCAGCUUUUAGUUUUGGCUCGUCCACUCAGGCUUUUGGUCAGUCUAGUUCUGCAUUUGGUUCCAGCAGCCCUUUUGGCAGUACAACCUCAGCCUUUGGAGGUCAAACUUCUUCGGCAUUUGGAUCACAGACUCCCACUCCAGCAUUUGGAAGUACUGGUAUGGGGCAGUCAGGAUUUGGAGGUCAGCGAGGUGGAAGUAGAGUAGCUAGUUACUCAGCUACAACUGAAACAGAUAGUAGUAACACACCACCUGGAAGAUUGGAGUCCAUAUCAGCGAUGCCUGUUUACAGGGAUAAAAGCCAUGAGGAGCUAAGAUGGGAGGACUAUAAAUCGGGAGAUAAAGGAGGACCACUUGCCUCUGCUCCACAGCAAACCGGUAUGGCUGGCUUUAAUUCAUCUACGACACAAACAAAUGCCUUUUCUCCAUCACCUGUAUUUGGUCAAUCAUCAGCCAAUCCUUUCUCUAGCACAACACCUAAUUCUAACCCAUUUGCACCGAAGACUUCAACAUUUUCUUCUGGAUUUGGAACUUCAGCUCCUGCUUUCAGUUCAUCGGCUUUUGGUUCUUCAACGUCAGCAGCAGCACCAUCCAUUUUUGGCUCAUCCUCAUCCCCGUUUGGUGCCAACUCUUCGUCGCAGGCAUUUGGGUCAUCCUCUUCCCUGUUUAAUACUGCAGCUCAGAGUACAUCUUCACCAUUUGGCUCAAGCAUUUUUGGCAACACCCAGCCAUCCCAAUUAUUUAGCUCUGCAGCCCCUACAGAUUCACAUUCUAGUUCUGUUUACGGUCAGAAUACCUCCCCCUUUGGGCAGACUGCCGAGUUCAGUCAAUCAAGCUUGUCCAGUUCACCUUCGUCAGAGCUUGUUGGAAGCAUUUUCUCAAGCAGCACGUCACUCACGUCUAACGCUCUGACAGGUUUUGGCCAAACAGCGCCGUCAAUGUCAGCACCACUCCAAUCUUCACAACCUGCUCAGUCAAGUGGUACCUUUUCCUUUAACAACUCUGGCCAGACACAACCUGUUUGUGCAAGUAGCUUCAUUGGAACUGCAGGCAUGUUUGGUCAGAAUAAUUUUGAAUUUCAGGCUAUUCCCCAAAGUUCUACGGUUGUAACAGCAGCGCCCGUUACAAACUCAUUUGGAACCACUCCCUCUGCUCAAUGUGAAAAAUCCAGCAUGCCUGUCCAAGACAAACCUGUUACCUUAAGGCGAAAGAAAAUCCAGAUAAGGACAGAUAAGAAUAGGGGACCAAAGCCAGGAUUUGGAGGUCAACAAGGUGGAAGUAGAGUAGCUAGUUACUCGACAACAACACAAGUAGAUACCGGUUUAAUAUUGGUGGAUAUAUCAGCCAUGUCCGUUUACGAAAAUAAAAGCCAUGAGGAGCUAAGAUGGGAGGACUAUCUAUUGAAAGUUUAAGGUUGAAAAAGAUGACAAACUAAUCACCUUGAAGAUUUGAUAUCAUUUUUGCUCUUUGGAUUUUGGAUGUGUUUUGCUGGUUCUGAAGAGUUUAGAUUUGAAGAUUUGAAGUAUUUUGUUGACUUGAAAUUCGAUUCCAAAUUUUUUUUUUUUUUUUAUGAUUUAGAGUGCAUUUAAAUUUGGUUGUUACACACUAAUUAUCAACAUGUUAGUAAAAUGUUGUAGCAUUCUUACUAGACCUGUAGUGACAUAUUUGUGUUAUC